AUGGGGACUAACACACAUGGUAUUUGGGUAUCUGCCCUUAUUGCAGCAGUAUAUCUGUUUCCGUUGCUGGAAGCAAACCCAGUUGGGUUCUCUCAAGACAUCGGUGGAGCAUCGAAUGAUCAGAUGGGGUGUGGGGAUGGGAGUAAUAACAACAGCACAAUCUACAACUGCCCCGGACCAGGGGAACAAGGACACCUGAUGUUCUAUAUUCAAUACGGACACAACAUAAAAACAGACCGGUGUGGCGAAUCAGAUGCAUACUAUGUGAAGAUAGAAGCGGUCAAUUCCGAAGGGAGUGUAUUCACCAAACUGACCUCUACCAAGAGAAAUCCAACCUGGAACGAAGCCGUGUUUUUCGGCGACAGAGAAUGGCAGUUUUUCAGGAUCAGAGUGUGGAGCAGUAGCGGGGAACCAGCAGGGGACUUGGUGACUGUUCCUCUACUAGACCAGUCCAGGACUACUAGACGGCUCAAGCACUGCACUGAUGCUUCCUGCAGCGGCUAUAUAAUGUACCACUACAAGUUGUAUAGAUUGAUUCGCGGACGACUGGAGGUCAGGUUGAGGGAAGAGGAGGGUGGCAAAACUGGCAAAGAAAAGUCCAGUCGUCAAUCUAUUGUGCUAACAACUAUGACUCCCAGUGGCUCUUUCACUUCUUACACACUGGAGAAGGCAAACAGAUGGAUAACUAUUAGCGGGUGCUCAUUUGCAGACCUCGUCAAAUUCGACAUUAUCGACACCGACGACUCAUUGGCCCAGACCCAAGAUUCUCAAUUUAUAGAUAUUUCAGCAGGACAUCGCACCUACUGUCUCCCUGAUGUCAGUUUCAUCUGUAGAACCUAUUCCCCACAGAGACUGGACGUUAGACUGACUCCCGACAGAGAUGAGUGUGACUACUAUAACCCCUGUCUCAAUGGAGGGACAUGUAUUGAUGGCUGUGGGACAUACGCUUGUUCCUGCAGUAGUUCUUUCACAGGAAGUCUGUGUCAAUAUGAGAACAGGGUAGACUAG